CACUUUAAGUUUCACGUACCUAUUGUUUUGGUUUAUAAGCCGAUAUUUAUUUAGAUUUGAAUGAUACAGACCGCGUUCGGUGAAUAAGUCACACAUAUGGUUUCGUAACAGCCAUACAACGUGCUUACAUAUAACUAUUUAGUUACUUUUUUAUUUAAAUGUUUAAAAAUCAAGUGUAACUUGAACCAUGGCAGAAUCUACGCCGUUUUUCGUUGAUCGAGCGAAAGGAGGACGAGCUUCCUGUAAGGGGUGUAAGACAAACUGUCCUAGUGGUGAAUUACGAAUUGCAAAACUAGUGGCUAGUCCAUAUGGAGAUGGUCAGCAAAUGAAAUCAUGGCACCAUGUGGACUGCUUCAUGAAUGUGCUUUUAAAGCAACGACCAGCAACCAAACGAGUAGAUUCAAUAGAUGACAUUGGUAACUGGGACAACAUCAGCAAGGAAGACCAAGAAUUUAUUUUAAAAAAGCUAAAUGACAUGGAAAAAUUGUAUGCUGACAAAAAUAGUGGUAAAUAUACAGCUAAGGUUAUUAAAAACGUUUCGAUACCCUCUGUGAAACCGAGUCCUGUAGCAUCUACAAGUAAUGGCACCACAGUGAGUCCGCAGAAGCAGGAAGUGACCACAGAAGAUGACAAGUUCCACACAUUCUUCAAAUUAUGUAAAAGAAUUGCUAGGGUUGAUGCAUACACUGACAAAACUGCAGUAGUCAAUGAUUUUCUUCAAAAAGGCACAGAUGGUACAUUGUUUAAAGGAACCCUGUCAUUGUGGUGUAAGCUCCUGCUACCCCAAGUGACAAAAAGAGUUUACAAUUUAAAAAGCAAGCAAUUAGUUAAACUAUUUUCAAAAAUAUUCAACACAGAUCAUGAUGAUAUGUUGACACAUCUUGAACAAGGUGAUGUGGCUAACACUAUUCAACAUUUCUUCAAUAAAUCAAAAACAGUCCAACCAGCUUCAGAUAGUACACUGACAAUACAAAAAGUAGAAGACUUCUUAGAGGACCUUUCGAAACUAACCAAAGAGGAAGAACAAAUAUACCACUUCAAGAAGAUUGUAAAGAAAUGUACUUCAGAUGAUAUGAAAAUGCUAAUUAGGUUGAUAAAUGGUGAUUUACGAAUAAACGCUGGGCCAAAACAUAUAUUGGAAGGAGUACAUCCUGAUGCUUACAGUGCUUUCCAAACAUCAAGAGAUCUGAACAUGGUGUUAGACAGAAUCAUAUCUGAAGGUUCUGUUGUAAAACAUAAAAAUGCAAUCCAAACAAGUAUUCAGGCAAAACUUUCUCUAAUGACUCCCGUACUGCCAAUGUUGGCUGAAGCAUGCAAAUCAGUGGAAAUAGCAAUGAAAAAAUGUCGAAAUGGUAUGUUCUCAGAGAUCAAAUAUGACGGAGAAAGGGUACAAGUGCAUAAAAAAGGGAAUGAGUUCAAAUAUUUCUCUAGAGCUUUAAAACCUGUUAUGGCACAUAAAGUCAGUCAUUUUAAAGACUAUAUACCACAAGCUUUCCCUAAAGGUACAGAUUUAAUUUUGGAUGCUGAAGUUCUAAUGGUUGAUGUCACUACGGGAAAACCUUUACCCUUUGGUACUUUGGGUAUACAUAAGCAGUCUGAGUUCAAAGAUGCACAAGUGUGUCUGUACGUGUUUGACUGUUUGUACUACAACGGUCAAGUUUUAAUUGAUAUGCCUAUCAGGAAACGAAGACAGAUAUUGCAUGAGAAUAUGGUGGAAGUAACGAACCAUGUCAUGUUUUCUGAACAGAAGUUGAUUGAGAAGCCAUCGGAUUUAGCUAAAAUGAUUGCUGAGGUAUUAGAACAAGGCUUAGAAGGUUUAGUACUAAAGGAUUUGGAAUCCAAAUAUGUGCCUGGCAAGCGACAUUGGUUGAAAGUGAAGAAAGACUACCUAUUUGAUGGAGCCAUGGCUGACACAGCAGAUCUGGUUGUACUAGGAGCAUGGUUUGGAACGGGCAAAAAAGGCGGGAUGAUGUCAGUCUUCCUAAUGGGUUGUCAUGAUACACGUCGAAAUAAAUGGGUGACUGUCACGAAGGUUCAUACAGGCCAUGAUGACAAAACACUGGAGAGGCUACAGAAAGAGCUAGAACCUCUUAUGGUGAAGAUAUCACAGGACACCAAUAAAGUACCUUCUUGGUUAGACUGUAACAAUGGCAUGGUACCCGAUUUCGUUGCUGCGGAUCCUAAGAAACAACCCGUUUGGGAAAUUACUGGCACAGAAUUAACGAAAGCGAAACUACACACAGCAGAUGGCAUAUCAGUGCGAUUCCCAAGAGUAACUAGGAUAAGAGAUGACAAAGAUUGGAAAACAGCAAUUAAUUUGGAAGAAUUAAAGAAUCUAUACAAGUCUUCGAAAGAAAAAACGGAUGUAUCGCUUCUAAACAAAAUGGCAACGGCCUCAGACGAACCACCAGCAAAGAAAAUAAAACCUAGUCCCGUAAAGACCAAAACAAGUCCUACAAAACCGGACAAAGUUAGUCCAAAAAAUAAUAUAGCCAGUUAUUUUAUAAAAAAAGAAGAGAAACCAAACUCUACUUUCAAAACUUCUAAAUCUCCAGACACAAAACAGUCUAUAUCAACGGAUAUAGAAAUUAAAAAAGAAAAAAUGGACGUAGAUGAGAUAGAUGGGGAUGAUGCAGAUUUCGUUUUUGCACCAGAAAAUCCUUUGCUAGACGUUUUCGUUGGCAAACGGCUUGGUUUCUACCCAGAUUUCAUCAGCUUCCCAGAAGAAGAAAGAAGACAUUUUGAAAGACACUGGAUUGCUUACGGAGGCACAGUUGUUAAAGCCAUCAAAGUAAUGGACGUACAUUAUGUCCUACACAAUAAUAAAAGUAUAGAAUUUUCUAAAAUGAGGAAAUUAUCCAAAAAAGUCCCUUCAGAUGCAAGACACGUGUAUAAAGAUUGGUUAGUUAGGUGCAUCAGUGAAGUAAAGUUGUGUGAUACGAAAGAUUAUCCAGUUUUCAUUGUUAAGUAGCAACGUGAUUCGGUUACCGUUGGUUGUGUAAAGAAUCUUGUUAUGGAGAUAAAAUCCUCAGUUUAUGUGACG